AUGUUGCGCUUCACCCAGCUUCUUGCCGCUGCAGCAAAGCGGGCCUCCACCAGCAGCAAGGUCGGCAAGAGUGUCCUACUUGCCGCGGCGCUGAACCCUAAACGAAAGGUUCUUCCCCAUUUUCCUGUGACGAAGCUGACAAAGCCCAGUGGGAGCGGAAAACUUGUUCCGUCUUCCUUCUUGCUGAAGAGCAAGAAAAAAGUUGUUUCCGCGAAAGCUGGUGUGGUGCCAAAAAAAGAGAAGGUUGCAAAGGUGCUGGUGGGUCCAAGCAAUACCACACGACCUUCGACUCUUUAUAUGCGCUUUUAUAAUACCCUCAAGAGGAUCGGAUGUGUCAAGGGGAAACGACGCAUGAAGAAGGCGGGUGAGCUUUGGCGUGCUACGAAGAGGCUGAAGGACUUCGAUAAGCGCGUUGAGGCGGCGAUAAGGCUUUCAAAGAAGAAGGGAAAGAGCAGCAAGGGUCGUAAGCUGCUGAAGAAGGCAGCAGCGAAGAAGAAGGGCGCAAAGCCGAAGAAGAGCACAAAGCCGAAGAAGAGCACAACGUCGAAGAAGGGCGUCAAGAAACCCUCUCGGCGCGUCUCCAAUAAGAAGACUCUUGCGAGCACCGUGCCACCACUCCCCUAA